AUGUUUUCUACCGUCUGCAGAGCUGGCCGAUUGGCCACAAGGGCGGUAGUAAAUAACACCACAACCGACAAGACUCCUUUAGUCGCAGGAGCUUUAUCGAACAAGCGAGAUUAUGCUGCCAAAGCUGCAGGAAAAGGACAAGGUAAGGUGGUUGCAGUUAUCGGUGCCGUCGUCGAUGUACAAUUUGAAGAUGCACUGCCGCCUAUUCUCAACGCCCUUGAGGUCCAAAAUCGGUCUCCUCGGCUGGUCCUUGAAGUGGCACAGCAUUUGGGAGAAAAUACAGUCCGUACGAUCGCUAUGGACGGUACCGAAGGUUUGGUACGUGGCCAGCCCGUGCUCGACUCAGGAUCACCCAUCCGCAUUCCUGUAGGCGCAGAAACUCUUGGACGUAUCAUCAACGUAAUCGGUGAACCAAUUGACGAAAGAGGUCCAAUUCCUACCGACAAGACUGCCGCUAUCCACGCCGAAGCACCAGAGUUCGUAGAAAUGUCUGUGCAGCAAGAAAUAUUAGUCACUGGAAUCAAGGUCGUCGAUCUACUGGCUCCCUACGCCAAAGGUGGUAAAAUUGGUCUCUUUGGUGGUGCUGGUGUAGGUAAAACUGUACUGAUUAUGGAACUUAUCAAUAAUGUUGCUAAGGCUCAUGGUGGUUACUCUGUGUUUGCUGGAGUAGGAGAGCGCACACGUGAAGGUAACGACUUGUAUCAUGAAAUGAUUGAGUCUGGAGUAAUCUCCUUAAAAGACAAGACCUCAAAAGUAGCUCUUGUGUAUGGGCAGAUGAAUGAGCCCCCAGGCGCCCGUGCCCGUGUGGCUCUUACUGGAUUGACAGUAGCUGAGUACUUCCGUGACCAGGAAGGGCAGGAUGUAUUGCUCUUCAUUGACAACAUUUUCCGUUUCACCCAAGCUGGUUCUGAAGUGUCAGCCUUGUUGGGUCGUAUCCCCUCAGCUGUAGGUUAUCAGCCAACCCUUGCCACUGACAUGGGUACCAUGCAGGAACGUAUCACAACCACCAAGAAGGGUUCCAUCACUUCUGUGCAGGCUAUUUAUGUACCUGCUGAUGACUUAACUGAUCCUGCCCCUGCCACAACAUUUGCUCACUUGGAUGCCACGACUGUGCUGUCCCGUGCCAUUGCUGAGUUGGGUAUCUAUCCAGCUGUGGAUCCUUUGGAUUCUACCUCUCGUAUUAUGGAUCCUAACAUCAUUGGAGCAGAGCACUACAAUGUUGCACGUGGUGUCCAGAAGAUUCUACAAGACUACAAAUCUCUUCAGGACAUCAUUGCUAUCUUGGGUAUGGAUGAGCUUUCUGAAGAAGAUAAAUUGACUGUAGCUCGUGCACGCAAGAUCCAGAGGUUCUUAUCACAGCCUUUCCAGGUGGCUGAGGUGUUCACAGGACAUGCUGGCAAACUAGUUCCACUUGAAGAGACCAUUAAGGGCUUCUCCAAAAUCCUACAAGGAGAAUAUGAUCACCUGCCUGAGGUUGCGUUCUACAUGGUAGGACCUAUCGAAGAAGUUAUUGCCAAGGCAGAAACUCUUGCUAAGAAUGCCUAA